UUUCCUUGUUUCAAGAACCAAUCACACUUCUAGACUUUAAUUCCUUUUUUUGGAAACGACAAUUUCUUCUUUGAUUUUUUUUAUAAGCAUGAAAACCAAACUUUUUGACACACUCACAAAACUCAACCUCACCCCUUGUCGCACAUAUUGCACAGUCAUCGGAGCCAUCGGGAAAAACCUCCUAGCAUCGCCGGACAUCGAAACUCGCCGGAGAACACGUAUCGUUGCCGGAGCUCAAACCGGGAAAACCCGCCGACGCUGUUACAACAUUAACAGUGAGUUCGUCGGAGGUUUUGUAGUAACAACAUCCCACAACCACGGCCACCACCUUUCACACAUACCCAUCGUACACCCGUACCGUACCGUCGAAGACGUAGAAGCCUUGCCGGAGAGAACCGACGCCACCAAAGGUUUCAACAACUCACCGGAGAUAUACGGUCACCGCCGGUUAAACGGAGUCAUACGGAGAUCGCCGGAGAACCUUGCGAGACCGCAUCCGCUCUGUUUCGGAUAACUCCCACACUAUUCCAAGUUCCCAAAUCCUUUUCGUACGC